CCUCCUCCCGGUGCUCCGCGGACGGUCGCUGGAGCGACGCUCUGAGCGGGACGCCGGCGGCUGCAUGAGGAGGCCGAGCGACGGGACCCUGGUCCUCACGUAGACCCUCCAGACCCGCCACCGCCCCGACAUGAGGUCGUUCAGAUCGUUUGCAAACGACGACCGCCAUGUCAUGGCCAAGCACGCCAGCGUUUAUCCAGCACCGGAGGAGCUGGAGGCCGUCCAGACGCUGGUGUCCACCGUGGAGGGAGCCCUGAAGAAGGUCUCCGACUGGAUGGACGGCCUCAACAAACCCUCAGGGAAGACGUCCGCCGCCAACGAAGCUGCAGACAACACAAAGGAAGAAGACGCUGCCGAGACAAAGCCCGGUGCUGCCUCGGUGCUGUGCGGGGUGACGCGUGUCGGCCUGGUGGCCAAGGGCCUGCUGAUCAAAGGCGACAUGGACCUGGAGCUGGUUCUGAUGUGCAGGGAGAAGCCCACCAAACUACUGCUGUACACCGUCAGCGCCAACCUGCCGCUGCAGAUCCAGACAAUGACGGACGACAAAUACGAAGUGCGGUCGAGCGUUCCCGAGGCAGCCAUCCAGGUGUGCAGCACCAAAGACCCUCAACUCACCCUGAAGAUCAUCUUAUCCUCCUUAGCCAUGAGGGAGGAUCAUGGCACCACAGAAGAAGAAGUUUACUGCACCUUCAACCCCUUUAAUGAUAAUAAUGAGGUCCUACAGAUGCAGGAGGGCCUCUGCGCUGCUCGAGCCCAAUGA